AAACCAAAAAGUUCGCGUGGCAGAAACAUAAACUCAUCAUGCAGAGAAAAAUAUAGUAGACACUUACAUUAUUCUGGAGUGUCGUUGCCCAGAUAUGGUCGUUAUUGUUCAAGGGGUAUGAAUCCGGAAUACCAAGCACAGGCGCAGAAGCUGGAGGAGCUUCGUCGCGCGUAUGCUUCACGGAAUGCGGUGAAUGGUGCUUCUGGGAGUACAUUUGUAGGGCCUGUGACGGACUUGCCAGUGUCUCAUGGUACCACCACCACGUAUUCGAAUCAGCAGGCCAGACCCAGUGAUCCUCUUAUCUAUCCGGGGCUCUAUUCGCCCAGCGGCAUUGAUAUCAUGUCGAUAUUGAUCCGUGUUUACAAUCGUCCAAAUCCAACGAUACAUAUAGGAAACGUCGACGGUGCUGUAGCCUUGGUACUAGCCGACGCCGAAAAACCAGACUUACCAUUGGUAUACUGCUCCGAAGCCUUCGAAGCAUUAACCGGGUAUAAAAGCGACGAAAUUAUGGGACAUAAUUGCCGCUUCCUCCAGUAUUCACCAGGUCAGGCUCAUCAAGAUAUACGAGUCCACGAAGCCAAUGCACUCGCAAGAAAAGAGUUGCGUGAGAAAAUUGCGACAGGCGAAGAGGCCAGAGUAGAGCUUUUGAAUUAUAGAAAGGAUGGAAGUCUCUUUGCGAACUUGCUUACCAUUAUCCCUAUCGAUUGGGGCGGCGACGGCCAGGCAAAGAGGAGAUACAUCGUUGGUUUUCAAGCAGAUGGGAGGAGCAAUUUCUGAGUUGGCUUAAGCGGAGUAUGGAAGGAUAAUAUGAUCUGACAUAAAAGGCGUUUGGCUAUCACAGUACGACGUUGGAUUUUUUUCUUGGAGAUUGGUGUAUGGAGUGGCUGUUAUGCCCCGAAUCUGAAUAGCCAUAAGCGAGGAGUAUUUGGUAGACAUUGAGUCGUAUGUCCUAUUAUUUGACUUACCAGGUAUUCUUAGAUAUCAACA